AUGGACUUAUCAGACGCAGUGAUUGUGAAAUCCACCAAACUCAAAUCAGCCGUGUGGAACGAUUUCGACAAGGUGAGGAAAGGAGACACACACGUGGCCAUCUGCAGGCACUGUGAGAAACGUCUCAGCGGUUCUAGCGCGAGCGGGACUUCUCAUCUAAGGAACCAUCUGAUUAGAUGCAAGAGGAGAGCUAGCAGCAACAGUGUUGGUGUUGCUGCUGCUCAGAAGAGAGUAAUAGAAACAACAACUCCACUCGAGUUAGCGAUUGUCGACCCGAUAAAACAUGAAUAUAACAAUAAUGCUUCUGUGGUUAACUCCGGUUUGGAUCAGAGGAGGAGCCGGUUCGAUUUAGCAAGGAUGAUAAGCUUACAUGGCUAUCCGUUAACCAUGGUUGAAGACGUUGGUUUCAGAGUGUUCCUCAGAAACUUACAGCCUCAGUUUGACCCCGUUGUGUUCGAGAGAGUCGAGUCUGAUUGUAUGGAGAUAUACGCCAAGGAGAAGCAUAAGAUCUUCGAGGACUUGGAUAAGUUACCUGGAAAUAUUAGUAUCAGCGUCGACGUUUGGAGGAACGGUGAUGAUUCUGAUGAGUUCUUGUGUUUGUCUGCUCAUUACAUCGAUGAAACAUGGGAGCUGAGGAAGAGAGUUCUCAACUUCUUCGUGGUUGAUAGGGAUGUGAUGCUCGCUGAGGUUGUGAUAAUGUGCUUGAUGGAAUGGGAUAUAGACAGGAAGCUCUUCUCUAUUGCGUCAAAUCGAACUCCUCCGUUUGGUGAAAACGUGGCUAGCAAGAUCAGAGACAGGUUGUCGCAGAACAAGUUUCUUUACUGUAACGGACAGUUGUUUGAUGUGAGCUGUGGAAUUUAUGUUAUUAACCAGAUGGCUCAAGAGUCUCUGCAAAGUUGUUUCGAGACGAUAAACAAGAUUCGAGAGAGCGUUAGGUAUGUUAACAAAUGGACUGGUGGUAGCAGUGAAAGGGUCCUAUGUAUCGAUGACUCAACGCGAUGGGACACCACGUGUACAAUGUUGGAGAUUGCAUUAGAGCAGAAGAACGUGUUCUCGCUCGUGAAACAACGUGAGUCCUCUGCGUCAUGUCCAUCUGAUUUGGAGUGGGAGAGGUUAGAAACAGUUGUCGGGUUCUUGAAAGUCUUUGUCGAAGUGACGAAAACAUUCACAAAGAGAAGCAAUAGUAGUUGCUUAACCGCAAACAUUUACUUCCAUGAGAUAUGUGACGUACACCUCAGGCUAAUAGAAUGGAGUAAGAGCCCUGAUGGUUUCGUUAGCUCUUUAGUUGUAAGCAUGAGGAAGAGAUUCGAGGAGUUUUGGAAUAGAAACCACCGGGUUCUAGCCAUUGCUACCAUAUUAGACCCACGCUUCAAAAUGAAGCUAGUUGAGUAUUACUACCCGCUGUUGUAUGACUCUGCUGCUUCAGAGUUUAUCGAAGACAUCUCUGAGCACAUCAAAGCGCUUUACAACGAGCAUUCUGUAGGAUCGCUGUUAGCAUCAUCAGACCAAGCCCUCGUCUGGCAGGAGAAUCAUCCUCAUCAUCAUCAUCCUCAUCAUCAGCAUGAAGAUAAACUCUUAGAAUUUGAUAAGUACAUCAACGAGACGACUACUACUUCACCAGGUCAAGAUUCUAAAUUGGAUCUUGAAAAGUACCUAGAGGAGCCUCUGUUCCCACGGAACUCAGAUUUUGACAUACUCAACUGGUGGAAAGUUCAUACACCAAAGUACCCGAUUCUCUCCAUGGUGGCACGUAACGUGUUGGCGGUUCCUAUGUCGAAUGUAUGA